AAGUUGUGCUUCACGAAACUGUUGGUGAAAAUUCAAGAGAAGCAUCAAGAUCCAAUCUUCCAAUUAGUCACCCACAAGGAGGAAGAAAAAACCCCAAAAAUAUUAAUCAAAGAAGAAAAACAGCGACUUGGAGAUUUGGAUUUCUUUGUUAAUCAUAGCAAAGGAGUAUAAUCAAUAUAUCAAGCUUGGCUCCAACCUUUUGAAACUUCGUUUCUCAUAUUUGAGAAAUGCUCACCAAGAACUCCGUGCAUUGAUGCUAUUUUCUUUGUAUGGAUGAAUCAUUGCGUAUUUAGUAAAAGACAAUGAAUUAUAAGCCUGGAAUCCAGUCUCAACUUGAAAUGGAAUCACUGGGUAAGGGAUCAAUACAUGAGUUUGAGGAUGAGAGUCUUUUUACUCCAAAGACAGAUGCUCAAAAGACAAGUUCUAUUGAAGCUGUGGGAGAAUGUUCGUUUUCAGGAGGUUCACAAGCUAGCGGUGAUAAAGUGUGGAGGAAUAUUUUUUAUAGAAGCAUAAAGACUGUUGUUUUCUCAACUAAACUCAACUUGCUUAUGCCUUUUGGACCGCUAGCGAUAUUUGUCUCUAAGCUAACCGGCCAUAAUGGUUGGGUCUUUGUUUUGAGCUUGUUGGGUAUAACACCUUUAGCUGAGCGUUUAGGUUAUGCUACCGAGCAGCUGGCAUUCUAUACUGGAGCUACUGUUGGGGGUCUUUUAAAUGCUACUUUUGGAAAUGCAACAGAACUGAUUAUAUCGAUUUAUGCACUGAAACGUGGAAUGUUACGCGUUGUUCAGCAGUCGUUGUUAGGCUCUAUUCUGUCAAACAUGUUGCUGGUGCUUGGCUGUGCAUUCUUCAGUGGUGGACUUGUUUUUCAAGAGAAAGAACAGGUGUUUAACAAGGCAACUGCUGUUGUGAAUUCAGGCUUGCUGUUAAUGGCAGUCAUGGGCCUACUUUUUCCAGCUGUCUUGCACUACACUCACACUGAGGUGCAUUUUGGAAAGUCAGAGUUGGCACUUUCAAGAUUUAGCAGCUGUGUCAUGCUCCUGGCAUAUGCUGCUUAUCUUUUCUUCCAGUUAAAGAGUCAGCAUAAUCAAUAUGUGCCUCUAAAUGAGGAAGAGAUUCAGAAUGAAGAGAAUGCAGAUGACGAUGAAGCUCCUGAGAUAUCUAAAUGGGAAUCAAUAAUUUGGCUAUCAAUAAUGACUGCUUGGAUCUCAAUCGUAUCCGAAUAUUUAGUUAACGCCAUAGAGGGAGCAUCUAUAGCAUGGAACAUGCCAAUUUCAUUUAUCAGCGUUAUUUUGCUCCCAAUUGUGGGUAAUGCCGCAGAGCAUGCCAGUGCUAUUAUGUUUGCCAUGAAGGACAAGCUUGACAUUUCUUUGGGAGUGGCAAUAGGGUCGUCAACGCAGAUAUCCAUGUUUGGGAUUCCUUUCUGCGUGGUUGUUGGGUGGAUUAUGGGGCGCCCAAUGGACUUGAACUUUCAGCUUUUUGAGACGGCAACCCUUUUCAUAACUGUCUUAGUUGUAGCCUUCUUGCUGCAGGAUGGAACCUCUAAUUACUUCAAAGGGUUGAUGCUUAUUCUUUGUUAUCUGAUAGUUGCUGCAAGUUUCUUUGUUCACGUAGAUCCUUCACCGGCAGAAGAGGAAACGCAAGUAAAAACGUAAUCAUGGAAGCUGUUGUAGAAGGCUAUAAAUAAAGGAUGGAGCCUAUUUGAGGACGACUCUGUACAGAAUGAGAGGCGAUAUUGGAGAUGAUAUGUAGUUCAAACAUAGUCAAUGAAGCUGUUGAUUCUUAAGCUGGAUCUGCAAAUGAUUCGAGGUCAUCGUUCUGUUUGUACAUAUAUACGAGUUUCCGACUGGUUUUUGUUUUCGGUCAACUUCUGCUUGUUCUGUUCAAUGGAUGUUAUGGAGGGGAGGUAUUAUCUGGGCUUGGAUGUAAACCUUGAAUAAGAUAGGGGGAGUUUGGAGAUUGGAAAAUCUAAAUCAUGUAUGUUAAAUUGUUACAUAGAAAAGCCUGUUCUUUUAUCA